AUGUCGCUGAAAAGCAUCAUUUCAAAUUUCACUUUUAAUUUCACUCGCUUCGACGGAGUCUCAAUAUUCACGAUCUCUCGACAGUUUUGGGAAGUGAUUUCCGACGAGCAUGGUAUCGAUCCAACGGGCACCUAUCACGGUGAUUCCGAUCUCCAGCUGGAACGUAUAAACGUUUAUUACAAUGAGGCGUCAGGUGGAAAGUACGUCCCGAGAGCGAUCCUGGUCGACUUGGAACCCGGGACCAUGGACGCGGUACGUUCCGGCCCAUUCGGUCAGAUAUUUCGACCGGACAAUUUCGUUUUUGGGCAAAGCGGCGCCGGGAAUAAUUGGGCCAAAGGACACUACACCGAGGGAGCGGAACUCGUCGACUCGGUGCUCGACGUAGUACGGAAGGAAGCUGAGAGCUGCGACUGCCUUCAGGGAUUUCAGUUGACUCACUCUCUCGGUGGAGGGACCGGUGCUGGAAUGGGCACGUUGCUUAUUUCCAAGAUUCGCGAAGAAUACCCGGACAGAAUUAUGAUGACGUUCAGCGUCGUACCCUCCCCGAAGGUAUCGGAUACCGUGGUCGAGCCCUACAACUGCACCCUCUCCGUGCACCAAUUGGUCGAGAACACGGACGAAUCUUACUGUAUCGACAACGAAGCCCUCUACGACAUUUGCUUCCGCACAUUGAAAUUAACAACGCCAACCUACGGUGAUUUGAAUCACUUGGUGAGCGCGACGCUCAGCGGAGUGACCACGUGUCUGAGAUUCCCUGGACAGCUAAACGCUGACCUGCGCAAACUCGCUGUAAAUAUGGUACCGUUUCCCCGGCUGCACUUCUUCAUCCCUGGUUUUGCACCGUUGACCUCCAGAGGCUCGCAGCAGUACAGGGCUCUCACGGUGCCAGAGCUGACGCAGCAAAUGUUCGACGCGAAGAACAUGAUGGCAGCGUGCGAUCCUCGCCACGGUCGUUACUUGACCGUCGCGGCUGUAUUCCGAGGCCGAAUGUCGAUGAAAGAGGUGGACGAGCAAAUGCUCAACAUACAGAACAAGAACAGUAGUUACUUCGUCGAGUGGAUCCCCAGCAACGUCAAAACCGCCGUCUGCGAUAUCCCUCCGCGAAUUGUUCAAAAGAGUAUCGGAACAAUUCACGGCGAUGUUCAGGCGGAAGGCUUUCCUGCACUGGUACACAGGAGAAGGCAUGGACGAAAUGGAAUUCACCGAGGCUGAAAGCAAUAUGAACGACCUGGUCUCCGAAUACCAGCAAUAUCAGGAAGCCACCGCCGAAGAAGAGGGCGAAUUUGACGAAGAGGAGGAGGGCGAGGGUGAGCAUCCGUGA